GGCAAGCUUGGGAGGGGGGCGCGCGCUGCUAUUCAAAUGGCUCGAUGGGCGGCUCGGCCAGCCAACGGUUCUCCCGCGAGCCGACGCCGACAUGUUCCACUUUGCCUUCGUUUGCACCUGGGCGGCGGCGUCAAAGGAAGUAGAACAAAAACAAUCCCGCAAUCAAGUGUUUUGAAUUUCUGGACUUGGUUUUGCAAAUCAAGGAGUUCCCAAAGAAAUUGAUUAAGUUGUUCUGGAUGAAAGAAGUUAACCUUCAACUUUGCUUUAUUAUAUUGUUCAACGGAAGAUCAUCGUGACAAUUUCAGCAAUGUUGUCCAGUAAUGUGAUUGCUACUCAAAGGUCCACAUGGGUCUCCUUUAAUGAUGAUAUACAAUACACAUUAAAGGGAGGAGAUGCAGUUGGAGACCGCAAAUACUCUCCAGUCUCGGGUAAAUUAUUUGAAGAUGAUAAUUACCAACAUCGUACGUUUCAACGUCAGCAUAGCCCAGUGUGCACGACAGAAACGGCAUCUGUGCCCAGUGAAUGGAUCAAGUUUGACGAUCAGCCGUGGCCUAUUCCUUCUCCACUACAUCCACAAUCAACAGGCUCAAGAGAACCUCCGACUUCAGAAGGGAGUUGGACGACACAGUCUGAGGAGCCCUGCAAUCUAAGUUUGGCUCCAUCAUACACAGAUCUGCAUUCUUUAGACGUAGAAGAUUUGCACAGUAACAGUAUUUCCAGAUCUGCAUCUCCAGAUAUUGGCUCAUUUUAUCGUGAUCACAAUGCGACUAGCAUGGAAUCAAUGAACAGGAACUCAGACAAGGUGCAACUGGAUGAAUCCGGAAUGUCAACGGCACGCUUUUCGACCUGGGUCAAAUUUGAUGAUGACCCUGAAGCAACCCAAACAUCUCUUUCAAAACUGGGAAUUCCUCAUAGUUACACCGAUCAAGAAAAGGUCAAGGCAUCCCUUGAGCCUGAAAGUGAUAUAGAAACGGCAUCAACAAAUAAGCUGUUGGAUUUUUUAGCUGAAGACAAUAAUUAUGUGUUUUCACAAAUUAGACCGGCUAUAAACCCGUAUUCACCAACACAUACUACUAACCCUUUUUUGGAUGAAGCUCUGCGUGAUGUUCAACCAUCACCAAUCAACCCAUUUCAAGCGUUCUUUGAAAAAAAUCAAAGUUCUCACACAAUGAAUUCAUUGCCAAAUGACUCUCAGAUCUGUGAACAGCUAAAUGAACCUGACUCUACAUUUAACGAUGCACGCAUCAAUCGGCAAAGAGAUUCUAUGUCAUUCAGCGGAAGUCAAACUGACAAAAAGAUUUCAGCUGUGUUCAGUAAUUCAUCAGAUUUGAUUUCUCCAUUUACUGCCAAGAAUAUCAAUAAUCAAGAUGAUUCUGUUUUCAUAAAUUCACCAAGUGCAGUUGGCUCAUUUUCUGAUGUAAAAAUCAGUAAUCAUAGGGAUUCCAUUAUAUUCGCCAAUGGCAAAGAUCUGAUUCCCUUAUUACCAGAUGUUAAAGGCAAUAGUCAAAAGAAUUCUGCUGUUUCAGAGAAUUCUCCAGAUACAGUCUUUCAAUUUCAAGCUGCGGAUGUGGAUAAUGAAAGGGACUCUAUUUUCAUAAAUUUAUCAGAUCCAGUUUCCCCACUUUCAGACGUGAAAAUCAGCAGUGAAACGGAUUCUAUCAUGACGUUUGGCCAUCCUCCAGACUGCUCAUUUCCGAAUUCUCACGUCAAUGGUCAAAGAAAUUCCGUUAUGUUCAAUAAUUCUUUAAAUCCCACAUUUACGGAUGACUCGAUGAAUUGCACUCUCCAAAAUGAAGUGUUCUCUCAUCUCAAACAAAUCAAAAUUAUGGAUCCAGAUCAAAUUAACAGCCCCACCUUACCUGAUGACCCUGUGCAUUCUCCCGAGGCAGAAAACUAUGCAUUGAACCUUUUCCAUCUUCCACCUAGAGACGGAUGGACAAUGAUGCUGAGAAUACCUGAGAAAAAGAACAUCAUGUCAUCAAGGCACUGGGGGCCUAUAUAUGUCAAAAUGUUAGAUAAUGCACGUUUACAACUAUUCUAUGAAAAGGGUCUUGAAAAGCCUUUUAGAGAGAUCCAGCUUCUGCCUUCCCAUGAGUUGUCUGAGCUCAAACUUCAGAACUUUGAUGAAAAUGGGAAAAUACACACGAUAAGAAUCGAUCAGGUAUUAUACAGGGAGAAACGCAAGUACCAUCCAUUGCCAAUAGUUGUUCAAACGCCUAUUAGGGAGCAGGUAAUCAAACUGGGCACCACCUGUUAUGAAGAUUAUGUGAGCUUUGUGACUGCAAUUCAAGAUGCACUAAUGAAAAUGCCAAGUACCCGAGAUAUUUGUGCCAGUUACUUUGAAGAUGAAAUAACUGUGGAAGUACAAGAUGAAUUUAGAGGUGUUGUGGCCAAAGGAGACAACAAGCUUAUCCAACACUGUGUUGUCGCACAUAUCAGUAUACUAGCUUUUGUUUCUGGGAUGCCAGAAAGCAGAAUCGGCCUCAAUGAUGUUCAAAUUAAGGGAAAUGAAGUUGUGUCAAGAGAUGACAUAAUUCCCACAACCACAACCAAGUGGAUUAAAAUAAGUGACUGUCAGUUCCACAAAUGUGUUGAUAUUGAUGAAUUCAAUAAUUCUAGAUCAAUUAAAUUUUUGCCAUUGGAUGGUCAUAAAUUUGAGUUGAUGCGUUUCAGGACUACAUACAGUGAGAAAACGCUGCCUUUCUCCCUCAAAACCUUGGCUACUGUUAAGGGGGCUGAAGUGGAACUUCAGUCUUGGCUGGUGAUGUCAUCAGGUUUUGUGCCUAAUCAGGACCAAUAUGCAGUCAUGCCUUGUGAAAAUGUGAUGAUUCGGUAUCCAGUCCCAAUGGAUUGGGUCAAGAACUUCCGGCGAGAAGGCGUCUUGCGAGAGAAAUCACUGAAGGCCAGAGUGAAUAGGAGUGCCAGCUUUGGUAGUGGAAGUGUGUCUGGCUCUGAGCCUGUUAUGAGAGUAACAUUGGGAAGUGCCAAGUAUGAACAUGCCUUUAAAUCUAUAGUAUGGAGAAUCAACAGGCUUCCAGACAAAAAUUCAGCUUCAGGGCAUCCACAUUCGUUUUACUGCCACCUUGAGCUGGGGUCUGAUCGGGAAGUGCCUGCUAGUUUUGUCCACUAUGUGGACGUGGAGUUUGAUAUGCCUAGUAGUUCGGCAUCGAAAGCAGCAAUUAGGUCGAUCUCAGUGGCCAACAAGACGAUUGUGAGAAAGUGGGUUGUUUACAAAGCUCACUACAAUUAUCAGGUGGAAAUGGAACAGAAAAGGGUUCGAGCUCCAAGUGGGGAUAGCAUGGAAACUGAUCAUCCGAACGAGUGUGCUCAGCAGUGAAGCCAGACACAGUAAAGGACUGGGCUAUUCCAAUGUCACUUCAGCGUGCCUAUGUGGCAAAUAGCACCUUGCUGCCAUUGUGCUAAUUUUGGCAUUUCAAUUCCUGAAGCGACCAAAAGACAAGGAGUUUUAGAAAAAGACUACUAAAUUCAUGAAUAGAAUUGGCUGAAAUGUAUAGACAAUGACUUUGAGGACCCUGACUACUGAUUGAAAGGUGGAUUUAAUCCUUUGUAUGGAAUAGAUGUAAAGUGCUGAAUAUUCUCAUCAAACACCACAUAAUCAAUCUCUGUUUCUCUCUUGGAUGCACUGAGGACUUGAACAAGGAGUGAACAUGGGAGGGUCUAGGUCCCACUGUUAUGUAACUCUUUGGCGUGUUGUUGCUUUUUACUUUUCCCCUUCUAUAAACACAGAAAGAAACCACCUCUUUGCUCUAAGCAGCAGAUCUCCCUCCCCCGCCUUUCCUUUUGCGCUUGUGAAUCUGAAGUUGCCAUUUUGUAAUAGUCAUUUUCUCAACAGGUCUAGAAUGAAAAAAGUAAAUGUAAAGAUACCUUGUUUCAUUUUUUUUAAAUCUGCUGACAUUGUGGUUUUGAACUUACAGAUCACAGAAAUGUUUUUUUAUAAAAAUAUUGUAGUUGGAUGAAUGAAAUGUGCAUCAAACUUUGAAAAAGAAAUUCAUUCUAGUGACAAGCACAGUUAAUAGGAUGUUACCUUAUUGGUCAUUUACUCCUUGAUCUCUUUAACUCUUUGACUACUUAAUGGAUAGAUCUGUUAUCUGAAGUUCUGAGCCUUGCAGGUGUGUGGCAAUGAAUAUUUAUUUUGCCAAAGAUGCCAAGAAAGUAAGUUGGGAAAAUGUCAAGCCUGAGGUUAGUGCUGAAUUUAUAAAUGAGGAGCUGCAGAUGCUGGUUUACAAAAAAAGGCACAGUGCUGGAGUAACUCGGUGUCAGGCAGCAUCUCUGGAGAAAAUAGAUAGGUGACGUUUCGGGUCAGGACACUUGUGAAAGAAUGGUCCAGACCCGAAACGUCACCUAUCUAUGCUGCCUGACCUGCUUAGUUACUCCAGCAUUGUGUGUCCUAAGUAUUGAAUUUGCUGUUAUUACCCAAGGUAGUAAACCAAAACCUAUCAAAGGACUCAGCACAAUUGUACCAGUGUCUUUAAUAUAAUUGUCCUUAGAACAAAGAACAGUGCAGCACAGGAAUUAGUCCCCUUAUCCCACAAUGUCCAUGCCAAACAUGAUGCCAAGAUAAACAAAUCUCCUCUACUUGCAUGUAAUCCAUAUCUCUCUGUUCCCUGUAUAUACAUAUGCCUAUCCAAAAGCCCCUUAAAUGCCACUAUCGUAUCUGCCUCCACCACCACCCAUGACAUCGCGUUCCAGGCAUCCACCACUCUCUGUGUAAAAAUAAAACCUUCCCCCUCACAUCACCUUCUUAGUGCAUUUGGGUUAAUGAAAAUGAAAAAACCCUACAGCAAAGAGAGAUACAACAAAGAAACGGGGUCUUUGGCCCCAGAACCCGGACUGACUGUCAUACGCAAUGUUAGCGCAAAUCCUACAUUAACCCAUCUUAUUCUCCCCACAUUCCCGUUAAAUUUCCCUCGGAUUCUAUCAUUUAUACAGACUAGGGGCAAUGUUACAGUGGCCAAUGAUCCCACUGACGCAUGUUUUUUUGAUGUGGAGGGUUUACGAACAUCUUGAGGAAACCCAUGCAGACUUGGGGGGGGAAUAAGUAACCUCCACACAGACAACACAAGAGGUCAGAAUGGAACUCAGAUGGGGAGAACUGUGAAGCAGCAGCUCCACUAGCUGCGCCACUGUGUUGGCCCAUUGGAGUGAAAAUUCGUGAAACAAUUUAAUAUUGUAUUAUGACACAAUACAUCCAUAAGACCUGCCAUCUACUUUAGAUUACAGUACAUUUGAAAACAAUCAUUAGUGCUGGGGAAAAAGCAGGAGAAAGAAAUUAUAUUAAGGAAAUGUUUAAAUAUGCUCCAAUUCCAACCACACCUCUUUAAGUUCAAAUAAAAUCAUAUUUUUCUCGCUGAAAAUUGUGUCAGACCAGUAUUUUGAGAUGUUGUACAUUGAACAUGAAUGGAGCACCGAAGGGAUGAAAAAAGUGGCAAAUUGUCCGUAUGUCAAAUGUCCUAGACUGUGUGGAAAGAAAAACAGGGAAAAGAAUUGAGGAAAGAUUUCAUUGCAGAGGCAGGAAAUUAUAAUUGCAUUUUGCAGACAAACUUUUGUAUUUCAUCAAUUUUCCAAAGCUGCAAAUUGAAUAUUGACUGCCCUAACACAGAAAUGCCAGCAUCAUCCAUGACAAAAUGUAAAAGUAUUUGUAAUAUUCAGAAUACGAUUCUAAUUUUUAAUAUCUUACAAUACAAGUUUGGUGAAUACUGGCAGAUUCUCUGGUAUUCCAUAUCUUUUCAGAGCCUGUAAACCAUUUCAGGAAUGUAUGCAUUUAUGGAAUGGACAGGUGGUAUUUCAGGUUGGGACCCUUCUCCAGGAUGACUCCAACAUCUGCAGUUCCUUGUGAUUCAAUCUAACUGCUGCAACUUCUUCACUAGAUCCUCUUUGUCUCUCCAUCAAAUUGGCACCAUCCUAAUAUUUCCUAAUGUUGACUUGCUGUCAAUUUUUUUAAUUCUGUUAAGGCAUCUGUGAAGCACCUCGGGACAUUUGACUGCUUUAAAGUUCCAUAAGAUUUUUAUUUUAGAAGUAUAAUGAAUUAGCUUGACUAACCUUAACAUUCUACAGAAGAGAAAAAUCAAAGCUAGGCUACCUACAAAAUAUAUCCAUCAAUACUCUUUGUACUUCUAUCUGUUUAAGGUGUAUCAUAAUGAAAUGUCCACAUAUAACUGGUGAUUAUUUGUAUUUUUAAAUAAAUGUUUGGGGUGUCUAGCAUUUCUGGCUGUAGAAUGCAUUCUUCACUUGAGAGUAAGAUUUUUUUUUGUGUUUGUUUUAAUUUCACCAUGUUUGUUAAAAGGACACGAACAAAUUGAAGGUUCUGUUGUAAUCUGAAGACAAAACAUCCUUCAACUUUGCUUUGCGCUGCAUUCACAGUGAUUAAAAUACUUAUGGGGUUAAACUUUUCCGCAGGACCUCAUUAAACAACAAAA